GGGCAGCGCAGCCGAGCGGAGCCCAGGAGAGCAGAGAGCGAGCCUGAGCGAAAGACGGGGAAGCACGGAGGAGGAAGCCGCCGGUGCGUCGGGACGGGAGCUCAGGUGCUCGGGCGCCCGAGCUGGAGCUCCGCAGCCUCCGGUCAUGUACCGCUCCACCAAGGGCGCCUCCAAGGCGCGCCGGGAUCAGAUCAACGCUGAGAUCCGGAACCUCAAGGAGCUGCUGCCGCUGGCCGAAGCGGACAAGGUCCGGCUGUCCUACCUGCACAUCAUGAGCCUCGCCUGCAUCUACACUCGCAAGGGCGUCUUCUUCGCUGGAGGCACUCCUCUGGCGGGCCCCACAGGGCUUCUCUCAGCUCAAGAGCUUGAGGACAUCGUAGCGGCACUACCCGGCUUUCUGCUUGUGUUCACAGCCGAGGGGAAAUUGCUCUACCUGUCUGAGAGUGUGAGCGAGCAUCUGGGCCACUCCAUGGUGGACCUGGUUGCCCAGGGUGACAGCAUCUACGACAUCAUUGACCCAGCUGACCACCUCACCGUGCGCCAGCAACUCACCCUGCCCUCUGCCCUGGACACUGAUCGCCUCUUCCGCUGCCGCUUCAACACCUCCAAGUCCCUCAGGCGCCAGAGUGCAGGCAACAAGCUCGUGCUUAUUCGAGGCCGAUUCCAUGCUCACCCACCUGGAGCCUACUGGGCAGGAAACCCUGUGUUCACAGCUUUCUGUGCCCCACUGGAGCCGAGACCCCGCCCUGGCCCUGGCCCUGGCCCUGGCCCUGCUUCACUCUUCCUGGCCAUGUUCCAGAGCCGCCAUGCUAAAGACCUAGCCCUACUGGACAUCUCUGAGAGUGUCCUAAUCUACCUGGGCUUUGAGCGCAGUGAACUGCUUUGUAAAUCAUGGUAUGGACUGCUGCACCCCGAGGACCUGGCCCACGCUUCUGCUCAACACUACCGCCUGUUGGCUGAGAGUGGAGAUAUUCAGGCAGAGAUGGUGGUGAGGCUACAGGCCAAGACUGGAGGCUGGGCAUGGAUUUACUGCCUGUUAUACUCAGAAGGUCCAGAGGGCCCCAUUACUGCCAAUAACUACCCAAUCAGUGAUAUGGAAGCCUGGAGCCUCCGCCAGCAGUUGAACUCUGAAGACACCCAGGCAGCUUAUGUCCUAGGCACUCCGACCAUGCUGCCCUCAUUCCCUGAAAACAUUCUUUCCCAGGAACAGUGCUCCAGCACUAACCCACUCUUCACCGCAGCACUGGGGGCUCCCAGAAGCACCAGCUUCCCCAGUGCUCCUGAACUGAGUGUUGUCUCUGCAUCAGAAGAGCUUCCCCGACCCUCCAAAGAACUGGACUUCAGUUACCUGACAUUCCCUUCUGGGCCUGAGCCUUCUCUCCAAGCAGAACUAAGCAAGGAUCUUGUGUGCACUCCACCCUACACGCCCCAUCAGCCAGGAGGCUGUGCCUUCCUCUUCAGCCUCCAUGAGCCCUUCCAGACCCACUUGCCCACCCCAUCCAGCACUCUUCAAGAACAGCUGACUCCAAACACUGCGACCUUCUCUGAUCAGUUGACGCCCAGCAGUGCAACCUUCCCAGAUCCACUAACUAGCCCACUGCAAGGCCAGUUGACUGAAACCUCGGUCAGAAGCUACGAAGACCAGUUGACUCCCUGCACCUCCACCUUCCCAGACCAGCUGCUUCCCAGCACAGCCACCUUCCCAGAGCCUCUGGGCAGCCCUGCCCAUGAACAGCUGACUCCUCCCAGCACAGCAUUCCAAGCACACCUGGACAGCCCCAGCCAAACCUUCCCAGAGCAACUGAGCCCCAAUCCUACCAAGACUUACUUUGCCCAGGAGGGAUGCAGUUUUCUCUAUGAGAAGUUGCCCCCAAGUCCUAGCAGCCCUGGUAAUGGGGACUGCACACUCUUGGCCCUAGCCCAGCUCCGGGGCCCCCUCUCUGUGGAUGUCCCCCUGGUGCCCGAAGGCCUGCUCACACCUGAGGCCUCUCCAGUCAAGCAGAGUUUCUUCCACUACUCUGAAAAAGAGCAGAACGAGAUAGACCGUCUCAUCCAGCAGAUUAGCCAAUUGGCUCAGGGCAUGGACAGACCCUUCUCAGCUGAGGCGGGCACUGGUGGACUAGAGCCACUUGGAGGACUGGAGCCCCUGGACUCCAACCUGUCCCUGUCAGGGGCAGGCCCUCCUGUGCUCAGCCUGGACCUGAAACCCUGGAAAUGCCAGGAGCUGGACUUCCUGGCUGACCCUGAUAACAUAUUCCUGGAAGAGACGCCCGUGGAAGACAUCUUCAUGGAUCUCUCUACCCCAGACCCCAGUGAGGAAUGGGGCUCAGGGGAUCCUGAGGCAGAGGGCCCAGGAGGGGCCCCAUCGCCUUGCAACAACCUGUCCCCAGAAGACCACAGCUUCCUGGAGGACCUGGCCACAUAUGAAACCGCCUUUGAGACAGGUGUCUCAGCAUUCCCCUAUGAUGGGUUUACUGAUGAGUUGCAUCAACUCCAGAGCCAAGUUCAAGACAGCUUCCAUGAAGAUGGAAGUGGAGGGGAACCAACGUUUUGAAUAAGUCUGUGACUUAACGUCGUCAAGUAUGGCAUAUUGUCAUCAAGACGUGGAGCCGCUCUCCACCCCCCCGGGACUGUUGGGGGGAUUCUGGGGGCCAGAGGGGAAUAUAUAUGAUUCCCCAGGCCCUGCAGGAUUUUUUGGGGGGGGGAGGUGGGAGGGCAAGGGAGGGGAGCUUCUUUUUAAAAUCAAGAGACUUCGAGCGAUCCCAGUUUCCAUUUCAAUCUGUAUUCACUCGUAGUGAGUUUCCUUGAAUGGGAUUUCAAGCGGAGAAUGGGGGAGUCUCACUUCCCCGCCGCCUUGCCCCAUUGGCCUGGGCCAGUUCUCCACUCCUAGGGGCCAAGCCACCCCUAGGCCUUGGUGGGGGAAAGGCAGGGCCCACCUGGGCCAGCCCGUGCCCUGAGGGGCUCUUGACACCCACGUAGAAUUCUCUACACACCAGUAACGGGAUUUCAAUUCCGAUGGACUCUGCCGCCCUGGCGGCCCUUCCUGUGACUUUUGCGCCCCGCGCCUGGGGUGGGGGGUGCGAAGAGACGCUACGUUCCUUUCCGAUGGAGGAAGGCAGACCUGCCGUCACACGUGUGCUUGCACGAGUGCGUGUACCUGGUGCGGGACUCACCCGGCUGCCAGACUGCCUGGGCCUGCCCAGAUGGCCACCUCGUGGUGCUGCGGUGACUUUGUAGCCAACUUUAUAAUAAAGUCCAGUUUGCCUUUUUGGUA